CUGGUGCCUCCUGGCUCGCUCCAACGUCUCUUCCCAAAAAUUCCCAACAACCACCAAAAGCCAUCUUUCAAAGUACUCUGCAUUCAUCGACCCCCGGCGGACUUUCCCACGCUCUCCUCUCCUAUUUACACCUCCGAACCCUCUCUCUCUCUCUCUCACCAAACACUCUUCUCUCUCUACAGAAAACGUGCUCAUGGCCCUUGCCACCACCAACUCCGCCACCAACCUCCUCCAGAAGUCCUUCCUUCCCUCAACCCCUCUCUCGAAGCCUCAGUUCGCACCUCCGAUUCCAUCGCUUAGAGUCGCUAGAACUCGUACGGUCAAAUGUUCUCUUACUGCGGCUCCACCUGUGCCGGCCAAGGCUGCUAAGGAGUGCAAGGUGAAAUCAGUGAAGGCGAGGCAGAUCAUUGACAGUAGAGGCAAUCCGACGGUUGAGGUUGACUUGGUUACUGAUGAUUUGUACCGAUCGGCGGUUCCAAGUGGAGCCUCUACCGGGAUCUACGAGGCGCUUGAGCUCAGAGACGGUGAUAAGAGUGUCUAUGGAGGUAAAGGUGUGCUCACUGCAGUGAAAAAUAUCAACGAUGUCUUGGGCCCUAAGCUUGUUGGCGUCGAUGUAAGAAAUCAAUCUGAUGUGGAUGUCAUUAUGCUGGAAAUUGAUGGAACUCCAAACAAGUCAAAACUAGGGGCUAAUGCAAUACUUGGAGUAUCUCUAAGCGUGUGUAGAGCUGGUGCAGGGGCAAAAGGAGUAGCCUUGUACAAGCAUAUUCAGGAAUUGUCAGGAACAAAGGAACUUGUUAUGCCAGUUCCAGCUUUUAAUGUAAUAAAUGGAGGCAGUCAUGCCGGAAACAAUCUGGCCAUGCAAGAAUUCAUGAUACUACCAGUUGGUGCAACCUCAUUUGCCGAGGCACUUCGUAUGGGGAGUGAAGUGUAUCAUAUUCUUAAGGGAAUUAUUAAGGCAAAAUAUGGACAAGAUGCUUGCAAUGUUGGGGAUGAAGGGGGGUUUGCACCCAAUGUUCAGGACAACAGAGAGGGUCUAGUUUUGCUCAUAGAUGCCAUUGAAAAGGCUGGUUACACAGGAAAGAUCAAAAUUGGAAUGGAUGUUGCAGCUUCUGAAUUUUUCACCAAAGAUGGGAAAUAUGAUCUGAACUUCAAGAAACAACCAAAUGAUGGAGCUCAUGUGCUUUCAGCGCAGAGCCUUUCUGAUCUCUACAGAGAGUUUGUCAGAGAUUUUCCUAUUGUCUCUAUCGAAGAUCCCUUUGACCAGGAUGAUUGGAGCUCAUGGGCUUCACUACAAUCUUCAGUUGAUAUCCAACUGGUUGGAGAUGACUUGCUAGUCACAAAUCCAAAGAGAAUAGCUGAGGCCAUUCAAAAGAAGUCUUGCAAUGGUUUACUUCUAAAGGUAAACCAGAUUGGCACUGUGACUGAGUCCAUUCGAGCAGCACUUGACUCAAAAGCUGCUGGCUGGGGAGUUAUGGUGAGUCAUAGAAGUGGUGAGACUGAGGAUAACUUCAUUGCUGAUCUUUCUGUGGGUUUAGCUAGUGGACAGAUCAAGACAGGGGCACCUUGCAGAAGUGAGCGGUUGGCAAAGUAUAACCAGCUUUUGCGCAUUGAAGAGGAACUUGGUAAUGUGCGUUACGCUGGUGAAUCUUUCAGAUCCCCUUAGUGGAACACAGAUGAACUCAGUUUCAUCUAAUGGAAUAAGCCAAUAGGCACAAGAAAAGAAAAGAAAAGGCAUCAUGGAAGAUUCUGAGAUCUGAGUAAAUCACAGGCAUAAUCGAUAGAAAUACUGGAUGGAACCAGUAAGGUAAGAUGUCAAUUAAAAGCACAAUAAUCUGAUUGAUGAGGCAUUAUAAACAAUCUGUUCUCAAUUUUUUGUAUUAGUUUUUGCUUCUAAGUGUGUUGUUUGCUAUCCGCUUGAGCUGGAGAACUCGGCAGAAUGUUAUUGUCUCGAUGUGAACAUUAACAUACGGCUGUUUGUGCGAAAGUAUGUGUGGAAUUUGAUCCAAGGACUUUAAUCUGUCUA